AUGCACUUCUCAACCACCGUAGCCACCGCCCUCCUCGGCGCCAGCGCCGUCCUCGCCUCCCCGUCCGCCCGCAAGGUUGACGCCCGCUCGUCCGAGACCGUGGCCGUGACCGACUUCUUCGUGCACGAGGUCCUGACGACGGCGGCCAACAGCACCAGCGCCGUCGUCGACAGCGUCGCCUUCACCAUCAACGCCGUCGAGGCCACCAACCUGGCGUGCUUCGCCGAGACGGGCGUGCCCUCCGAGGUCGUCACCUGCGGCGACUCCAAGUACCGCUUUGCGCUGUACCCGGGGACCGCGUCGUAUGACAGCUUUGCGCUCAGGCUUUACCACGAGACUGGGCUUGCAUCCGGCCGUUACGGCGAGGGUCCCAUCCCGGUCUACUGCCACGCUGGUGGUGGUGAGGCCCUGGCUUGUUCGCAGGUCAUUACGCCGGUGCACCUCAUCAUCGACUCGGACUGA